UGAGCGAGUGAGUGUGUGAUGACGUAGCGCUGGUUUGAUUCUGUUUUGCGGGAAACAGCUGCAGGAACUUUUGGCUUCACGACAACUACAGAAAUAAACUUUAGAAUAUCGGGAUAUUGGAAGCAAGCGAUAUUUAUAAGUCUCUGUUUGCGUCAGUAAAGAGUAAUAGGAGUAAAAUUCGGAAUGGAAGUGACUGAAUUAGCUAGCCGGCUAGUUUAGCAGUAGCAGUGUACAGUAGUAGUGUUUAGCUUGCUAGCUUUUUUCUCAGGACUCGGUUAUUCAGCCGAGCAAUACCUGUGGGUUUUUGUUGUUGUUUGUUUAUUUGUUUGUUGUUGUUUACACCAUGUCUGAAAACUUGCUGAAAGAAUGUCCUUUAUUAGUUGCGCUGGAUAAAGAGAAAACUAUUUACGAUGGUUUUAUCUCAGUACAGGAAAGAGACUUCAGGUUAAGAAUAACACUCCCUCCAGACCAUCAGCUGAAGCAGGCAAAGUUGCACUGUUGCUGGGAACUGAAAAGGCUGCUGAAAAACCAUCAGCACAUCCUAAAACAGAGGUUACAACAUUCUUCAGAUUUGGUCGGGUUUAUUUUGGAGCUGAGGACCAUAUUGGAAGUAGCAAUGAAGAGCCAGCCAAGCUGGCAGUCCAUCCCACCACCUCAGUACUAUUCACAGCUCAUCACGGAGAUAGAGAGUUUAGGAUGGGAUAAGCUGAUAUUCAUCGACACUGACUUCCACACUCUUAAGUUGAAGGCAGAGGACUCCUCUCAUCGUCAGCAUGUCUUUACAGUCAAGCUUAAAUCAAAGUACCCAGCAGAAGCUCCAGAAUGCUCCGCGGACCUGCCUAUCCCACUGGUCAUUACGUGGACCCCACAGAGUAAUUUAGCCCACAUGCAUAGCCAGUUCCUGUUGAUUGUGGAAGCUUUGGCUGAAUUCUGGGCAGUGAUGGAUGAGCUUGAUGAACACACCUGGGUGCUGGAACCUGAAAAACCUAUCAGAGCAGACACGAUGAGAAGGAUUGCUAUUGGGAACAACGUCUCCAUAAAGGUUGAGAUCGACCCCAGGCAUCCGAAGAUGUUACCAGAAUGCUGCCUGCUUGGAGCUGAGCAUGCGGUAACCCCCCUGAGGAGCAAGCUGAACGCUAACAUGCAUUUAUGGAACCCCGACUGCAGCGUCCUGCAGAACAUGAAGGAUGUUAUGGAGAUAGAAUUCCCAUCACCUGCCACCCACGAAAAAUCUAGUUUUAGUGUGGAGUGCGGCAUCUGCUAUUCAUAUCGCCUGGACUCUGCCAUUCCAGAUCAGGUAUGCAACGAUCCACGUUGCGGGCAGCCUUUUCAUCAGGCCUGUCUCUAUGAGUGGCUGAGAGGUUUGCCCACCAGUCGCCAGAGCUUCAAUAUUGUGUUCGGAGAAUGUCCUUACUGCAGCAAGCCAAUCACAGUGAAAAUGGCCAUACAAAAACCGUGACCACUCUGCAAAAUGGAUGUUGUGUUUCAGAAGGACAAGAAAUUUCGUUCUUAAUACUGGAAUAUGAAAACCAAAACACUGUGUUCAAAAGGCAGUAAAAACAACCAGAAUAAGGAAGAGUGCAACAGUAAUGAUGCAUGCAUAAAUUUUACAGCUCCUGUGUAUAAAAGACUUGUCUUCUGAGUUCCGUCUAUUGUUCCUGUUGCAGUGUGUGGAGUAGUAUUCACUAUGCACAUCAGCAUUCAAUUGAUGUCCAUUAUAAUCAAUUUCCUCCCAGCGGUUAUCUUUUGGUUUGUCCCAGUAGUCUUCCCCUUCACUGGUUCUUGUGCAGUAAGCUUCCCAUGAGUGGUAAUUUCCUCCCCAGUGGUCAGUGACAUCAGGGCUGAAAUCCUGACGCCCCGGCUUAUUGUGCUGUUUCCGCAUUUGUAGACCGUCCUCAUCUCUUCUCCUCAUUCCAAAUGCUGGAGCCAACUUGUUUAGCAAAAUAUAGAUAGCAAAGCAUGUACUGCAAUGUUUUCCUCUCAGGUCAGACAUAGUGGGUAUUGCAAUAGUGAUUUUCUUCCUUGAUUAUACUUAAGCAAGCAAUAUAGAUUUCUUUUCUAUAUGUAUAUACAUAUUAUUAAAACUUGUUUGUUCACUGAUGUAUCCAUAAAACUCAAAUCAUUUUGUUGUUCA